AUGAAGUGGAAUUCCCCAGGUCAAGAUCUGAAGAUAGGCACCAUGGUCCUGGUCAAGGAAUCUCUACUUCUACAUCAUCUUGAAGCCUUCGUACUACAACCCGGGGAAUAUGUUCCUGACGUCACGUUCUCGUCAUCGCGGUUCGGCGUUGCCAUUGGCUGCUGGACCGAUCCCACAGCAACAGCGGUCAUCGCAAGCGCACCUCGAAAUCGCGACCCCACCAACGGACACUCGCUCACUACCACGGUCGCAAACGCACGUACACCGGCCUUCUCAAUAUUG